GCUUCACAUCCAGCUGCUGUUGAUUUGCCCCGACUACAAUCCCAGAAUGCGCGACGUUGGGAUACAUGGCGGAGAGCAAUGACUGAGGAGUUCGAUGAAGAUGUGGUGUUCCAGAACUCCCCCCUGUUCCAGUACCUUCAGGAUCUAGGACACACCGACUUCGAGGCGUGUGCUCCCGUUUCCCAGGACGACGAUGACAGGGCCGAAGCUGAGGGGGCGUGUCGACGAGACGCCCCGCCCCCUCCGAAAGAGAGCUGGGUCAGGAAGCUUAUGGGAGCUGUACGUCGUCUGAGUCUGAUCUUCAGCACUAACGCGGCGGAGCAACAUGAACGACAACUGGAUGCAGAGUUUCGGCGCUACGCACUGCGGUGUGUGUUGUCGCAGGACGUCCUGCUUCAGGAGGACAUUGAGCUCAUCGAGCUGCUGGAUCCCAGCAUCCUCUCUCUGGGAUCGGCUACUUCUGCCUGCCCCAGCGUGGACACAGCCUUCCCCAGACCCCAACUACUGGCCAAGCCCACUGUCUGGGACGUCUCCAUCCUGGUGUGUUUGGCAGCGGUCCUAGCGGCAGCGUAUGUGUGUGAGGACUUCGGCCUGCCCGCGUGGAUGUGUGUGCUGUGCCUGAGUGUGUGUGUGGCGCUGCGGUGCUCGGGCCUGAGGCGGCGGGCGCGGCAGCAGAAGUGUGUGUGGGAGCAGUGUGUGUGCGUGGAGCGGCUCGUGACGGAGGCCCGCACGCUGACCAGCGUGUGUAGAAAAUCUCUCCGAUUGGUCCAGGAGACGGAGGUCAUCUACCGGGGGUUCACCCUUUUGCUCGACAGGGUUAGCGGCGCCUGUCCCUUCAACAGAGCGGGGCCUGCUCGCCAGGCCCAGCAGCUGAUUGGUCUACGCAAGGCAGCCUAUCAGAGCCUGCGCUCCGCCUUCCGAGCCUCCCGCCUCGCCACCUGCAUCAUGCUCAAGACGUUCCCUCUGUCGUCGGAGAUGGAUAACGUGGUGAACUACGUGUCCAGUGUUCCAAUCAAAGAGCUCGGCCUGGGCCUGGGGCCAGAGCACCUCACAGAUGACCAGGUGCAGGAGCUCACCGACGACUACAGCCUGCCAGCACUCAAGAUGCUGUUCCAGUUGUGGGUGGGACAAAGCUCUGAAUUCUUCCGGCGAUUGGCCCUCCUGCUAUCGCCGGGGAGACAGGAGGACUCCAGCCUCAUCAUGCACGGGUCCAUCACCACCGUGACCCGCCCGCUCCAGCACACCCUGAGCGGUUGCCUGGGCGACCUACAGCGCAGCUACGACUUCCACCGCUACUUCGAGAUGCAGCUUCAGUCGCAGAACGAGAGGUCGCACUCACACACACGGCAGAGGUGUCACGAGCUCAACACACUCCACUCUUCCGUCCGAAGCCUGCAGCUACACCUGAAGACACUCCUUAACGAGGUGAUCAUCCUGGAGGACGAGCUGGAGAAGUUGAUGGUUGCCAAGGAGACGGUUGACAUGACGGUGGCGGGGUACCAGGAGCUGCAGGAGCGCUUGAGCCUCCUGCAGCCGCACAUGCAGGCCAGCAGCGGCAUCUGGGACGACACGCUCGCACAGGUGGACAAGAUGCUGCGCAGGGCCACCAACUGCACAGGCUCCCCAGAUAGUUCAGAGGACUCCUCCCCACCUGUUCCUGAGCCCAUCAUUCGGUCGGUGAGCCAAAUCGCGGACAAGGACCCGGUGCCAGAGGAGCAGGAGCUGGAAGCAUAUGUGUCUGAUUCGGACUCGGAACCAGAUUGCGGGUUGUCGUUGCUGUCGCCGUGGGAACGGGAGCGCAUGAGGAGAGAGGGGGAGGAGUCUCGGCGGGUUCUUCUGGAACUGAAAUCAGUGCUCGGGUUCCGCGCCUCCGAGACAGAGAGACACAAACGACAAGUGCUGCUGUUCAAUGAGCAAGCUGCUGUGAAGCCUGUUGCUGGGGAAACCUCGGAACCAAACAACGAGGCGGAACCUUCCGAGCCAGACGUUUCCACGGGCAACCACGUCGCCGUGCAACAGGAGGAGGAAGGAGAGAGAGACGCGAAGGAGGAGAGGAAAGAGGGGGAUGAAGGAGGAGGAGGAGUGGAGGAGGAGAAGAAAGAAGAGGCGCACGUGGAGGAGGCGAAAGAGGAGGCGACGGAGUUCAGCUGCGGGACGUCCACGACGGUGGCCGACGCCGACGCGGAGCAACAGAACGGGGAGGCGCAGCUCUUUCAGUUCGACGGGUUGACCGAGGAGGAGGGGGAGGUGGGGUCGGGGGACGGACCGCACGCCCUGUCGCCACGAAUCCCCGCCCUGACGGUGAUGGACAGGCUGACGGAGAUCCACGGCGCCGAAACGCUCAGCUUCAGCUCGGCCAUCGCCGCCCAGGUGGCCGCACGCUCACACACCUUCACACACAUGCAGGAACACACCUUCGGAGACUCGGAGGAGGAAGACGGAGAGGAAGAGGAGGAGGAAGAGAGGGAAGGGAGGACGACAGAAAGACAAGAUGAAAACGAGUAGAGACUCUGUGCUGCUUUGAGAAAAAAAAAACAUGAAAACAUGAAAAGUAAAACAGACAAAAACAAACGAAAUGUACAGCCUGCCUAUUUAUCGCUACCUUUAUUUCUCUUUUAUUUAUUGGAGGGGAGCUUAAGGUUUGUUUUUAAGGUUUUAUGGUUUAUUUUAUUAUUUUUUUUGUUUUCGUUUUUUAACUUUCCUACCAACUAUCCCUGCUCCAGUACCAGUGCAUUCUCAUAAACAUUAGUCAUACACACACACACACACACACACACACACACACACACACAAACACACAGAGAGAGAAGUGGAUACAGGAAGGUGCACAGACACACGCUUAUAGGCAUGCACACAUACACUCACACGCCCACCUAUUUUACCUUAUGCACACACACACACACACACUCAUAUGGCCACCUAUUUUACCUUACACACACACACACUCACACUGUUACACACAGGCACUCUCGUUUCCAUCCAGACACACACGGGUCUCACUCUCAGCACCUCUCCGAUAUCUCAGAUGACCACUACCCCCACACUCCUCCGUCCUGUUAGCCGAGAUUACUCAAGUUUAUUUUUCCUUUUCUAUGCGUCACUGAUAAAAAUUUAACGUGUGUCUGUGUGUAUGGACACACCUUCUACUCAAGGAAUAGGAGAGGUCAUUUGAGCGUGAGGGCACUUCUGCAGGAAGUGAUGUGGUCGUGAGACCACAGGGACAGGAAGUAUUUGAGGUCAGAGGUCAUGCCUACAGGAAGUGAUCUGGAUGUAAACACACAACACUUUUCAGGAAGUCGUCCCACUCCUGCUGUCCCAGGAUCAGUGGUUGAGAAUGUUGGAACUUUCUGGAACCCUAUAAAACUGAAUGUGCGAGUGCACCUGCUUUGCAUGUAGUCACGCUCUGUGAGAGCGGGGUUUGCCUCUAUGAACCAAUCAGAGCUCUUUUCAGGAGCAGUGAUGCAUUAUGGGAGCAUUUCAGAACAGCAGUAGUGUUGUUGCAGUGGAAUACUUGGACUUUUUCGAAGGUCAAAACUCGACUUUCUCAAACAUUCAACAAUGAAAGUCAGAAUAAACUUAAACAAUGAA